AUGGAGGCCGUUGAAGAGAUUUGCCAUGAGUUGACCAGAAAUAUGGCGAUAUUUGAGGUGGAUGCAGUGGAGGUAAUUAGAGUUCAGGAGUUAGGGAUGACUGCUUCGAGAUUGAAGUUGGGCAAUGUGCCUAGACUAGGUCAGUGUGACUAUCAAGUUGUCCCACAACUUGAAAAAAUGGAAGAGCUUAUGGGGGUGACACUAAUGUGGUGUCGGCAAAGACCCUUUGAUGCUUUAGUCAAUCAAGCGCUUGAGAGAAAAGUGCAUAACAAAUUAUGUUGCUUUAAGUUGCAUACCUUUGAGGAAGCUGAUCUUCUGAUUGGGCAAACAAUUGUGGCACUCCAUUAG